AUGAAUGAGCAACUCGAUGUCUGGCUCGACGACAAGAGCCAUUCUGUCGAAGGCCACAUUUUCAACUGCACUCUUACAUUCCGUAACAAGGUUAUAUGGGGGCCCAUUCAUUGCCACGAUAACACGGUUGAGCUGAGAAACGCCAUUCACCAGGCGGAUAAGCGCUUCGACAUGUCCUUUACCAAGAAGGAUCACACUGUUGAAGGUCACAUAAAGUAUAUCAGCGUUAAGUCGAACGGCCAAGUUCUUCUAGACAAACUCUCUACUCACGAUAAUAUGGCCGGCUUGGUUGCCGCUAUCAACGCCGCUCUAGGUACUGCUAGCGAGGACUCGUAG